UGUAUUCACCUUACUGACCUCCCUGUAGAUAAUAAUGCUACAUGUAAAUCCAGACUGCUUUUGUGGCCUGUACGUUCUCUUUAAAAGAUUGACCGGAUAAUGUAGUGGCCCGGUUUUCCCAAUGAUGAGUAAUAAUCAAUGAGUUUAUCCAGAGCAAGCAUAAUCUGCUGGGACUAACUGCACUUCACAAGACCAGAUUUUUAAUGCAAAUAUUAGUUAAUACUUUCUACAUAUCUACAAUUACAUCUGUGGAACUAUAUUUUCUGUAUGCAUAAAAAGUAAACAGCAGACUGGCAGUUGAAACUACAGCCACGUGUCUACAACAAAACACAACGAGGGGAAAACUAAUCUGAAAAGGGAACCAUGGCAGCUGAUCUAGAUGUGGUGAACCUAUUUAUCAUUGCUGCGGGGACACUGGCUCUUCCCAUUCUGGCUUUUGUCGCCUCCGUCCUUCUUUGGCCUUCAGCACUAAUUAAAGUGUAUUACUGGUACUGGAGGAGGACUCUGGGCCUGCAGGUGCGUUACGCAGACUGUGGUGGCUAUCGAUUCUGCUACUCCUACAGAGGAAAGCCCGGGAUGAGACCUUCCAUUUUAAUGCUGCACGGCUUCUCUGCUCACAAAGACACAUGGCUGACUGUUGUCAAGUAUCUUCCAAAACAUCUGCACAUUGUGUGUGUGGACAUGCCUGGCCAUGAGGGAACAACACGUACCAACACAGACGAUUAUUCCAUUCAGGGUCAGGUCAGAAGAAUCCAUCAGUUUGUGGAGGUCAUUCACUUAAACAGGAAACCUUUCCAUCUAGUCGGAAACUCUAUGGGAGGAAACGUAGCAGGAGUUUAUGCAGCUUUCUAUCCCUCAGAAAUCUGUAGUAUGACUCUCAUUUGUCCAGAUGGAGUAAGACACCCAUGUGAGACCAAAUUUGAUAAUCAUCUCCAGGACCUGGAGCACAGCAACUACACAUUAAACAUCCCUUUGAUUCCCACUACACCUGAGGAAAUGGAGGAUAUGUUCAGGCUUUGUUCCCAUGUUCGCUUCAAGAUCCCUCAGCAGAUUCUUCAAGGACUGGUAGAUGUCCGCCAGCCUCACAACACAUUUUACCAUGAGGUAUUCAUGGAAAUUAUUGGUGAGAAAUCAAGAUAUGCCUUACAGGAGCACUUACAUCUGAUUGCUGCACCUUUACAAGUGAUAUGGGGCAAACAAGACCAGGUGGUGGAUGUGUCUGGAGCUGCAGUGAUAGCAGACGUCAUAUCUGGGUGCAGAGUGGACCUUCUGGAGAACUGUGGCCACUCUGUAGUGAUGGAGAGGCCUUGUCGAACAGCCAAACUCAUUCUAGAGUUCAUCAUCCUGCAGCAAGAUGCCAGGGGUGGCACAAAGAAAUCUUCCUGAAGACAUUUCCUUUAUUCAUGCAUCAGGUGUUGCUUGUGUUUGGCAUGUAAAUAGAGACACUGGAGCCUACAGUAUAUAGACACAACAUGUGCAAGUUUAAGGUUUUCCUCACAAAUAAACUGCAUCUGAAACCGUAUCUGUAAUGUAAACCGAAUAUGAGAAUAAAGGUCCUGAUCAUGUGUGGA